GUGCUCCGGCUGGCUGCGCUUCCCCAGCGCAAUGGGACCGGGUCAGGGGGCGAGUGGUGGCGCGAGUUCCCCGCGUGGUACCCGCCUGAGGCUACUCGCGGGGUGAAAGGAAGAGCGAGUGAACAGCCACAUUUAUGACCAGUUUGGUGGCUGAUCUCGACUGCUGCGGAGGACUCAGUAAUAUCGACUUUAAGCAGGCAGACUUCUGCGUUAUGACUCAGCUCCUGGGCUACGUGGACCUUGCAGAUCCAGGCUUCGUGGCAGCUGUGUUCACCAUUGUGUUCAGUCCACUUUUCUGGAAUGUGGUAGCGAGAUGGGAGCAGAAAACCCGCAAGCUGAGUAAGGCCUUUGGGUCCCCCUACCUAGCCUGCUACUCCCUGGGUGGCGCCAUCCUGCUUCUGAAUGUCCUCCGCUCACACUGCUUCACGCAGGCCAUGCUGAGGCAGCCCAAGAUGGAAGGCCUGGAUAACCACAUUGCCUACUACCUGGGCUUUGUGCUCCUCAGUGGGGGCAUCGUGUUUGUGCUGUCCAGCUUCUUCGCCCUGGGUUUUACUGGCACCUUUCUAGGUGACUACUUCGGGAUCCUCAAGGAAGCCAGAGUGACCACGUUCCCCUUCAAUGUGGUGGACAAUCCCAUGUACUGGGGAAGCACAGCCAACUACCUGGGCUGGGCAAUCAUAAAUGCCAGUCCCACAGGCCUGCUGCUGACGGCGCUGGUGGCCCUCAUCUAUGUGGUGGCUGUCCUGUACGAGGAGCCUUUCACCGCUGAGAUCUACCGACAAAAAGCUGCCAAGUCAUACCGGAGGAGCUGAUGGGGUUGUGGGGGCUCAGUGGAAAGCUGAGCUGGCCUGCAGGCUGCCCCGAACACCCAGCCCUGCUUGGGGAGAGCACUACUCACCUCUACACCUAGUGCCUUGGAAACCAGUCUUGGGGAGCCCAGGCAUAUUGCCAUGUGGCCACGGAACCUCUCAUCCCACCACACCCCCUCACUAAUAAAGACCCUCGGCCUCA